CUAAAAGAAAAGCCCUCACGGCCACGGCCCAAUGCGAAUGAGCCGAAGCCGAAAAGACGAAAACAGAGAGAGAGAGAGAGAUUGUCCCUUCCACCUCUUCCAUUUUUCACUGUUUUGAAACCAACGGUACAGUAUUCGUACAAGAAGCUUUGCUAGCCUCAUAAUGGACAAGAAGAAGAAGAAAGGAAGCUUUGAGAAGAGAAGUCCUCUGCAACAUCUCAACCCACCUCUAUUUCACACACCCAUUACCCAAAGCAUCCCCAAUCCUUCUUCUUCUGUCUCUUUUGAAGCUCCUAAAGGUUGUUUGAGAUUCGUGCUCUCUUCAAACUCCUCUUCUUCUGCUCCUUCCUCUUCUUCUGCUCCUUCCUCUUCUUCCUAUUCUUCAAGAACCCAUCUUCACAGAAAGCCCAAACCUUUAUCCACAAUAGCCAAAAAUGUGUCCGACAAAUCAACAGCAGUUGCGUUAAAUGUUAUGCACACAUCUAAAGAAAAUGUGGAGCCCAGAAAACCCUUUUCGCUGAAAUCGAAGAAGAACCAGCCUCCAUGCCUAGGCCCGCGGCAAUGUGGUAGAACUACCACAAAGCCGGCCUAUACGAAUCCCCAAAUUCUUAAGCUUUCUUCUGGUAAGGGAAAUCCAGGCAAUAAGCUGAAUCAAGGGUCUCAAGAGUUGGAAGCGAAUUUGAAGAGGCAAAAUGGUUGUGGUGAGCCACCUAUUGAGCUGUUUGGAGAAUCUAUCGAGAGUUGUACCCCUGCAGGGAAAAUUGGUGGUGGGUGUGGUUUAGAUUCUGUUAAUUCUGAUGGGCAUGAGAAUGUGGGAAAGGAGUCACUUUCGGAAAUAGUUCAUGGUGAUAGUGCAGCGUCUGUGAAAACACCUCCUGUGGAGGCCUCAGUAUCUCCUGAAAUCCCAUGUGGAUCCCAAUCUAAAAUGUCUUUUCCUGAGUCAUCAGCAACGCCUGUUUGCUAUGGUGCUGGCCACCUUCUAUCAGGGGUCACUGAUAAGAGAAAGUGCAGGCGAAGAGGGAGUCUUGAAGGAGGUUGUGAAAAUAUUAAUCUUUUUUAUGAUGGAAAGAAUGACAGAAAUGUGGUUAGUGAUUCCCAGGAGUCUUCUAUUCCUUUGCUUGCUGAGGCAUCUGUGCGCUGGCUGUUGGCCCCAUGUGAUGAGGGACGCGAGGAUUUGGGAAGUGAUUCAGAUAAUAGGUUACAAAAAUGUAAAAUGAUUCAUUGUAAUGCUUCUCCAACACUUGAUGUACUGUCUUCACCUUCCACAGUAUGUGGACAUGUAUCUGUGUUAGGGUGUGCUAUCUGCAACUACAGUGGUAGUGGUGUAGGAGAUGCAGCAAGCAAGAGGGAAACUGGGAUUCGUGUACUCUCCCCUAGAAAAAAUCUGGAACUGGGAUGUUUAGAAGAGAAAAUGCAUGAGCAUUUGUUGAUUGCAACUCCCAAUUCUACUUCUAACUGCAAUGCUAUAAGCGCCAGAGAGGAGAAAAAUUUCAGGCGCAAUGUGAUUGAGAGUGAUUCUGCAUUGUCUCUAGGUUCUUUAAGUAGUGGAAAUAUUAUUCAGACACCAAAUUCAGACUCGAGCAGAGAUGGGUGCAGUGGCAGGAUAAAGGAUAGGUUUGAACUUGACUUGAUAACAGAAACUCUAAAUAAAGUAGGCCUGUCACCUAGAAGUGAGAUGUCAAUAAGUUAUGCACCUGGUUUCAGUUUCCAAUAUGCAGAUGUGGAUUCAUCUUCCAAUUCCAUUAACCUAAAUCACAUUCAGGAGAACAUAGACACUGUUUGUUCUUGGGUCUCUGAUUCCACAUUAGAAAAUUUGGCACUAUCUCAUGUGAGGAUAUCAUGGAGAGAUGGAUUAGUAAACCGGAUUGAUGAAAAUGAUGAAUUUGACAGCUGCCGGUGUUUGUCCGAAGAGGUUGAUGCUGAUGGGUUUUCUGAUAAGAAGUUAUCGUCAUCUCCAGUAUCCCAAUCCAGAAGAGGAGAAACUUAUGAAGAAAAAAAAAGUUGCCUUGGUUCUCAUCUUGGGGAUGAGUCUGGGGCAAAUGAAGGAAAUGAUGCUUUGCCUCUGCUUCUUUCUUAUGAACCCUGCAUUUCUGCACUUGGGAAGGAGAAAAGGUUGCCAAAUAGCGCAGAGUCCAUAUGCACUAAUGGGGUUGACUUAGUUGCUUCGGGUGAUUUUGAUUGGACAUAUUUCAGGGAUGAUCACUUGUUUCAGGUCAAGUAGUCACAAUUGGAAGACCUGGAGCAAAAACUUGUGAAUAUACUAGAUUGAUGGCAGGUAUGUUUGAGGAAAAGCAAGCACUUCUUCACUUAAAUUGACAUUGUUUCAGCCCAUAAGCUGCCCCCACAUGCAACCAUGUAUCCUAAAGUCAAACUGAUAUACAAAUCUCUACAAAUGUUCUCCGAUUACCAGCCUAUUGCCCCACAGCGUCCUUAAAUCUCUGUUCCUCUACCUAUUCAACUCCAAAGAGGGAAUUUUCCCUUACACUUCUGAAUGGCUUAAACAGCCCACGGCUAAGGUACUAUCUUCUUUUAUAUCAACUGCUUCCUCAUGAGGCAUCCUUGUCAUGUCCUGAAUCAAGAUUUUCGUCUUCACGUCUUAACUUCUUAUCACCCAUUUUACUGUAAUACUUUUACAACUCCACCACAUACCAGCAGGAACCCCCAUAGCUGUUGAGUAACAAUUACUUCCACUCUGGAGCACUUGCCUUUGUCCAGUUCAUAUGCUUGGAGAUGAGAAAGUUUUGUGAAUGAAAGAAAAUGUGAUCUGCCUCGUGUCCUUUGCCUCAUCCCAAGUUCAGACUUGGGAUGGUUUCAAAACUGAGCUAAGCUGCAGAAUAUGUGCAGAUUCAUAUGACUAAGUUCGGAUCAUGUACUGAUAGCAGCAUGAUCAGUGUUUGAGGUUACAAGUUCUUCUUGGAUGAGGUUGCUUGAAGUUAAAUAAUAUCUGAAAAAAGGUGAAAAUUCAUCCAUAGUGUUUUGAUCAUUUUCUUAAUUUACGGAUGAUCUAAUAAAAAUUCUUGGUUCGACCUUGGACUUGGACUGUUUCUAGAUAACAUCAAAAUAACAGCUCAAGAAGCAUAGCUUUCAUAAACUAAUCAAGGUUUCAUUCAUAAUAUAGUUGCAUCUUGGGUAGGCAUUAAGUGAAA